AUGGAAAAGUUAUUGCAAAAGGUUCUGAUCCCUCUGACCGUCAUCACGACUCCAUUCCAGUCAAUUUGGCAGCAAUGGGAGGGCCGCAGUGGGAGCAGUACCGAUCACUCAAUGUGUUCUGCGGUCAACUACACAACCGAGAUUGUUAGUCUAGACCCAUUGGCAAUCUAUAUCAAUGGAUUUAUAUCGAGCUGGGAAAUUGCAUAUCUCCGAGAUCUAGCAGACAAAGAGGGAACAUUUACACACCACGAAGCCAAAUACCCGGAUCACAAGUCUCACGCAGCACGCCGUAUUGCAAGCUCUCUUUAUCUCCCAAGUGAUGACCUCGUGGUGGACUGUAUCGUCAAGCGAUCAACCGCCUUUGUUGGUUUCAAACCCAACGAUGGAUUUGAAGUGCUCCAGGUUGUGAAGUAUCAUGAAGGAGGCGACAGACACGACCCUCACUACGAUCGGUUUCUUUCCCCUCCUAGUAUUCCUUCUGGCUUUACAUGCAACCGAGUAGCGAGCUUUUUCGUUUACCUGGGCGAUGAGCCCGAAGGUGGAGAGACAUGCUUCCAUUUUCUGCAGCCCGCACCUCAGGAUGCUGAUCCUGAGAAGUUCAGUAAUAUCAAUAGCGAUGACAGGCUGGGUUUCGCGGUGAAACCUGUUACUGGAAAUGCUAUGUUCUGGAUGAAUUUGCACUCGAAUAACACAGGGGACGUUUGUGUACAGCAUUCAGCGCUGCCCCUGAAAUCUGGGACAAAAUACGGGAUGAACAUCUUGCUAAGGAGAUGUUUCGAGGCUUGA